GAAAUGUGACCUGCAGUCCGUCCACUGAUGUCUUGAUGGUUGUUACAUGUGUCAAAGUUUUAUGACAAGUUGUGAUGAACUCAGACCAGGAAAGGCCGUACAUUUGCAACGCUCCAGGCUGUUCUCAGCGAUUUCCCACUGAAGACCAUCUGAUGAUACAUCGACACAAACAUGAGAUGACCCUUAAGUUUCCCUCCAUAAAGAAUGACAACAUGUUAUCAGACCAGACGCCGACGCCAACGCGCUUCCUGAAGAACUGUGAGGAGGUGGGACUGUUCAGUGAGCUGGACUGCUCCAUUGAGCAGGAGUUUUGCAAGGCUCAGGAAGAAGAGGACUCAAAACAGAGCAUCUCACUGCACGGCCCGGGGGGCCAAGGCCAACACCAGCAGGCCCACUCAAGAAUGGGCAACCAUGAUACCAGCAUAGUGAUCCAGCAGGCGCUACCCUCUCCUCAGUCCAGCUCCGUCAUCACUCAGGCUCCAUCCACUAAUAGACAGAUAGGGCCUGUCCCUGGCUCUCUGUCCUCACUGUUGCACCUACGAAACAGACAGAGACAGCCUCUGCCAGCCUCCAUGCCUGGAACACUGCCAGACCCCACCAUGCCUGGCUCCUCUGCUGUAUUGAUGCCCAUGGAGAGACAAAUGUCAAUGGCUGCCAACAUGAUGGGUAUGCAAGGUCCCGCCCACAGCAGCGUCUGUUCCUCCGCGCACAUUCCCUCCAUGCACUCAGAAGCCAAACUGAGGCUGAAAGCUGCACUUUCACACCACCCGGGCGCCAUCACCAAUGGAAACAUGAACUCCAUGGGCCACAUGAUGGAGAUGAUGUCGUCGCGGCAAGAGCAAGGCACCCACCAUCACAUGCACUCGCACUCACACUCGCACUCUCAUCCGCACCAGCACAUGCAAGCACCUCCCCACGCAUACCAGCACCACGGCCAUCAUCACCACAGCCAGGGGCACGGCCAGGGUGGCCACCAUCACCCGCAGGCACACAAUGCCCAUCACAACUCCCAUAAUGCUCACCUCCAUUCCGGGCACCCCCACCAGACCUCGCCACACCCUGCAAUGCACUCCGCUUCACAGAUGUCUCCCGCCACACAGCAGAUGCAGCCCACGCAGACGCUGCAGUCUCCGCCCCCUAGCGGCGGCAGACGCAGGAGGGUAGCGGACGAGGACCCGGACGAACGUCGGCGGAAGUUUCUGGAACGGAACCGAGCGGCGGCGACGCGAUGCCGGCAGAAGAGGAAAGUGUGGGUGAUGUCGUUAGAGAAGAAAGCAGAAGAACUCACACAGACCAAUAUGCAGCUUCAGAAUGAAGUGACAAUGCUAAAGAACGAGGUGACCCAGCUCAAGCAGCUCCUCCUCACACACAAGGACUGUCCAAUCACCACUAUGCAAAAAGAGUCCCAAGGUUACCUCAGUCCGGAAAGUAGUCCAGCAGGAAGUCCAUCUCCAGCUUGCACGCAACAGCAGGUCAUCCAGCACAACACCAUCACCACCUCCACCACAACUAUAGGGGGCAGCGGCGUGCACGGACACGCCAACAGCCGAACAGACAUUAACGCCAUCCAUUAGGACCCCGACAGACUGUCAAGCUCUCGUGGUGGGACCACACCCCCCCCACUCCUCCUCCUCACACAUGCUUUGUACGGCUCCCCAUGCUACACACGUCAGCCAUCAAGAAGAACCUCAAGGGCCUCCAAGGCUGUUCUUUAUACAGUGCCACGGUGUGUAUUUUUAUAGUGCCUAUAACCUGCUCGUGUUUUAUGUUGUGUUGCAUCUUUACUAUUGCUUUUGUGGCGUUAGCUUGCAGCAAUACUCCCGCGGUGUGUUUUUGUAGCGGUACAAAGUGGACCAAAGCGUUCAUGAAAUGAGAGGGAAAAGACUGGAGACAGUCAUCUCUUAAAGGGACUUACUUAUUAAAGCAUUUCCAGCACGUUCAGGGAGACAACUAAAACGUUCUUACAAGUGUUUAGUAGGACUUUGUACACUUUUUAAAAUUUUAUUUUGUAAAAAAAAUAAAUGUAUUGGCAAUAAUUCAAACUGUCAACAAGAUACAACUUGUUCUAAUGAAUGUUUUAACUAGGGCUGUCAAAUAAUAAAAGCAUUUAAUCAGAUUAGUCACACUUUUGAAUUGUGAUUAAUCGUGAUUAAUCACAGUAAAUUACUUAUAUCAUAAUGUCAAUUAACUUUAAACAACACCAAUGUAAUUUCAUUGUCAGAAUAUCAUACAGGAUUUUUUUUUAAUGGUUUAUUUGAAAGCACUUCAUUUAUUUUAAUCUAAAGUAGUAUUUGAGUUUAUUUUUAAGUGGUUAACCCUCUGCGGUUAAGGUAAGGGAGCAUGUGCGGCCAAAAUAAAUUGGGUGAUUAAUAGAGGUGGGAAUUUUAAGCACCUCACGACACGAUUCCAUUGCAAUUUUUGGGCUGACAAUUCGAUUUAGAAUUAAUCCUAGAUUCAACACGAUUUUCAUAAUAUAAUAUUUGGUAUAUGAAUUAUAAUAAAACCUUUUCAAAACAGGUUACAAAGGCUACUCUUGGUUGCUGACGUACGACUUAUAUGCGCAGUGUUGGCCUAAAAAGUGUUUUAAAGAUGUAUUUUAAACAUUUUAUUUCCUAAUAUCACAGAAUGUUAAUCAAUUUAAAGAAAAUAGAGCAAUUGCAACACCAAACCAACCCCAAAUAUAUAAAAGUAUCAUUAGUUAUAGUAUUAUCAAUCAGAAUCAGAAUCAGAAAUACUUUAUUAAUCCCCGAGGGGAAAUUCAAAUUUUCAGCACAAUCCCAUUCAAGAUCAGACAAACAUUACAGGGACACAGAACCGGAUCGUUGACGGGUCUGCCAACUUCCGGCGCCCCUUACAAAAAAUGUGACAUACAGGUUGGGGAGAAAAAAUAAUAAUAAUCAAUGAUUAUUAUAAAAUAAUCAUUAUAAAAUUAUAAAAUAAUCAAUAACGGUUUUAAUCCAAAAAUGUAUUCUUUAAAAAUAAAAAACAUUUAAAAAAAGUUUUUUUUAAUCGAGUCUCGAAAAUUAUUAAUCGAUUUAGAAUCGAAAUAAAUGAAAAUCACGAUUUGCAUGUGAAUCCAUUUUUUUGAUUAAUCUGCAUUGAUGCAUUGAUGCAUGAUUAAUGCGAUCAUUUUUCGUGGAUUAAUCGCACGUUACAUUUGACAGCCCUAAUUGUAUCAUUCUAACAGGCGUAAAAAGUGCCUACUUAAUAGCACUUAUAAAAGCUAAGGUAAAAACAGGCAUAUUGUACUGAGCAGCCUGGGCAUUGUUGUCUUAUCUCCACCUAUCUCCUUUGCUAUUGUUGUCAUCAAAUUGUUCCUCUUUGCCAUAUUUUCUGUGCUGGCAUUUAAAAAAAGCCAAAGAAAAAGCCAUACUUUAGAUCCUCGCUGAACUGAAGUUUUAGACUUUAGAGUCAUAUGUUUUACUCAUUGUAUGUCAUUCUGGGCUUUUGUCUUUAGAAGUUCCGCUGUGUUCAAAUUCAAAUCUAUACCUUGCUAUGAACUUGAAAGUGGUAUAAUUAUAAGAAUUAACGUUUUCUACUAAUUAAUUUUUGUACAAAAUCCUACUAAAUGAUCUUGACAGCAGUAUGUCAGGUGCAGCUAGUUCCAGGAUUUGGACAAUGAAAGUUUUUAGGAUUUUGCCUUCAUACGCCACCACAACUGAUAGGAAAUACAUCAAAAUGUGAUUAAAUUGAAGACUUUAAGUUUAAAGCGGAACUGCAUUUUUGUUGGAAUUGUGCCUAUCGUUCACAAUCAUUAUGAGAGACAACAAGACAAAUGUUUUAUUUUAAAUUUUUUGGGCUUUCCAACAUGUACAAAUCAACCCGUUCUUGUUGAAUAGCAAUGCAGCUAAUGGGAGCAAACAGUUCUACCUCCAAAUCACUUUAAAAAUGCAUUUAAAAAAAGUCACAAAUACUUAAUUUACGUUCCGUACCCUGUAUAAUAACCAAGCUGUAGCGAAAUUGUUAUUGUAAGAGGGAACACUGAGGAACUCUUUUUCUAGCAUACUAACAUAAAGGCAUGUAUCGGUUUUGGCCGUAAAAGUUAACUACGGCAAGAGAUAAGCUUUGUUAUACAGAAAACUGCGAUACCAUACCAAUUUGUACUAACUGAAAAACAUGAACAAUCAUAUUACAGUAUCUGUUAAAUAUUAGCUCACAUUUCAUGUUUUGUUUGGACACCGCUGAGCUAGCCAGACUCAGUACUGUAGUUAUGCAUGUAUAAUGAUCAAUUUUAAAGUGUGACUAACUCAAUGGACAGUUGUGCGUUUGGUCCAGCUGGCCGGGGAAAUGUUUCCGGUUUAUUUGGGUAAGCACUCCAUUUAUGUUGAAAUGGCUUGGCUCCAAGUUCCACGUUUAUAGCGCCAAAGUCACUUUCACCUCACUCUCUCGGCUACUGUCUGCUCAAAUGUCUCAUUCUUCCUUUGUGCUCGCUUCUAUAAGCAAUAGUUCAUCCUCCGUAUACUCAACUUCAAAAGUGUAAGGUUGUGAAUCCUCGUUUGUCCAUAGAUAGUCGUCUUUGUUGUCUGCUACCAAGUCUGCCAUGAUAAGAAAACACAAUCGUGUUUGAGUCCGGAAAUAGGAACACACAUGUUGCCAGAAGUCAGACGCGCGCUGCUAUGGAAACGGAAAUCAAUGCACGGAGGAAAUCAG